AUGGCAUUUUCAUUUCGUAUUAGCACCAAAUGGUGUCAUGAUUUUCCAAAAUUAGCUACAGAAUCUGGAUUUUAUUUCAAUAUGCAUAGAUCCAGAGUACGAAUAGAUUGGAAUCGUAUAAGUAAUAUUGACAUAGAUCGAAUUAUAAGAGAAAGAGAUUUUCAUUCCAUUGAUGACAAUAUUAGUAAUGUAAUAGAUUAUUGUUUAGAAAGUGAAUAUGACAUUAAAAUCUUGGAUUCUAAUUUUGUAAAACUCUUUCGUCUUGCACAGUUAGCAGUUGAAUAUUUAUUAUAUUGUAAGCAAUAUUUAGAUCAUAGUGUAAUAAUAUUAAAAGAUGAACUGAAAUUAAAGAUAGAAGAAAAUGUUAAAUUAAAAAAGCAAAUAACUACCUUGGAUGAGGUAAUAAAACAUAUGAAAGAAAAAGCAAAAGAAAGGAGUAAAUUAAUAGAAACUAGAAUUGCAGACUCUAAUGGUGAAAUUUAUAAGUGCCCUCAUUGCCCAAAAACUUUUAUAUCUCCUGUAUUUGUAAGUGCACACAUCUUACGUCGUCAUACAUAUGCAACAGAGUUAUACAUGCCUUCCUCUCCUAUACAUGAGCAUUAUCGCAGUGAAACUGAAAGAUUGCACAAUGAAAUAAAAAAUUUAAAGGAAAGAUUGAAUGAAACAGAAAGAGUGAUAAGAAAUGAGUCUGAGAAAGUUUCUGAGAAGAAAACAUUAAAUUAUGAUAAAAGACAAGUUGACAAUGAGAUUGAAAGUUAUAAACAUGAUAAUAAUAAAUCUGAAGAACAUCCAGAGUAUAAAGGAUAUCAAGAGGAAAUAAGAACUUUGAAAACCAUGCUCUUUGAUGAAAUACAUAAUUUAAGGCAAAAAGAAAAAACUAUGUACGAACGUACAUCCGAAACAAAUGUUCAAACGUUAAUAAAUCAACAAGAAAAAGAAUUUCAAAAAUUGAGAAAUCAACUAUUUGAAAAACUUACACCAGAUAUAGAGAAUAUGCAUGCAAAAUUACAUGCUCAGGAAAAUUAUUGGAAGUCAAAGAUAGAACAUUUAGAAAACCAACAUCAUAAAGAUGUUGAAAAUCUCACUACAGAACUAAAAUUAACACAAAAAGCAGCUGAUAAUAUGAAAGCUGAAUAUGAAUCAAAAGUUAGCGAUUUAGAACGGCAAACAGCAAAUCAGUCAAAUAUUCUAAUUGAACAAAGUAAACAAUUGCAUUCUCUAUCACAUGAAAUAAAUAUUUCACAAUUAAAUGAAAAAAAUAAAAAUUUAGAAAACAAUUUAUUGAAAACAAGUAAUGAAUCUAUAAUGUUAAAUAAAACCAAUGAAAUUUCGGAAAAACAAAAUGAUCAUGUAGAUGCAAAAACGGAACAAAUUAUUAUUGAAAAUAGUACAAGAGACACUAUAAUAAAUUCAAGUUUAUUAAGUAAAGUAUUUCCAUUAACAUUGGAAAAUAAAUUUUCAAAAACCGCACACACUUCGGAUUGUAGAAAUAAAUCCAUUAUCCGUGAAGAUAAAAGCAGCACUAAAGGAACAAGUACCAAAAAUGCAAAAAGUGAAAAAUUGGAUCAUGUAAAAAGUAUAGAGAAAAAUUUAAAAUAUUACAGUUCCAGUGAUAUUUCAGUUUCAGAGGAUUCAACACCUCAGAAAGGAAAUGAUUAUAAAAUAAAACGUAAGCACCCUGAAAACUCAAUCAUAAAAAUCGAUAUAAAGGAAUCUGAUAUAAAUAAGUCACAGGAUGCAUUUAACAAAAAUAUGUCUAAUGAGUUUUCAGCUAGUAUAAAAAAUACUAAACAAUUAGAAACUUUAGAAGAUACUCCGUGUUCUGCAACAAGUUCAGAACUAUCUAUUUCUGAUUCAAAUACAGACAGCGUCACUACAAUUCACAAUAAUUCUUCAUUGCAUGAAUAUAAAAUACACUCAUCACUUUCCUUAAAAUCUAGAAAAAUAACAGAAACGAAUUCAUCUUAUAAACAACUAGAGAUAAGUUUAAUAGAUGCAUUUGAACAGAAAUUGAAAGAUUUAGGAAUAGAUCCAGAAUGGCAAGGAAUACCUAAAGCAACUUUUAAACAAAAAAUGGAUAUUUUAAAACAUCAUCAAAAAUUAGUUGCAAAGAAAUCACCAAAGUAUCAUCAGAUUAAGUUAAAAAUAAUUGAAGAAGUUCUCAACAAAAUAUCUAAGAAGGGAAAGGGAACAGAAAAUUUUAAACACCUAAAAAAAUCACCAUCAAAUAAAGUUAUAACCAAUAUUAAAUCAACGACGAUAAAAGUGCGUAGUGAUCAAAAGGAUUCUGGUAAAGUUAUACCACCAAAUAGAUUUCAUUCUAUACCAGAAACUAAUCAUAAUAAAAAUGUAAUUGAAAAUGAAUCAACACUUAUAAGACCUACAAAAUCUGCAAAUUACAAAAGGAUAGAGAGAUUAAUACAAAUUGCUCCAAAUCCAGUAAAAUCUUUAGAAGAUGUACAAUAUACAGUACAGUCACAAGAGUCUUUAAUAAGAAAAGAUUCUUUAAAUAAGAUGGAAUCUUUAUUCAAUUCUGAACCACUCAAAAUAACAUCAAAUAAUAAGUGUGUAUUGGAUAGUAAAUCCGUUCAGAAUGGUAAUGUAAGUAAUUCAAAUAUGCAACAGGACUUACAAGAUAUUUUAAUAUCUCCAAAACAUAACAAAAGUGUUCUAAAAUCUGCAACUGGUUCAACAAGUAGCUUGACAAAAAAGAAAGUUAUUUUUGAUUUAACAAAUGAAAAAAGCAAAGAAUCAUCAUCUGAUGAAGAUAUACAGAAGGAAGGAUUAAAUGAAAGUAAUUGGAAUAUUUCCAGUAUUUCUGAUGAGGGAAAAUAUUUAUCUGAACAAGAUUACAAAAGUUCAAAUAAUAUUGUACUAAAAACAUCACAAAGUGAUAAAAUUGCAGAAAUAUCAAGAAAACUUGAAGCACAGCUAAAUAUGGUGAGACAGAAACCUGUAGGAUCGGUUGAAACAAUAUUUACUUCAACAUUUGUACAAAAUAAAGAAAAUCACAAUAAGAGCAAUGAACAAUUAAAUUCUACUAGUAUAAGUUCUCUUUUAGAAAGUCCAAUUCAUGCGUCAAUAUCAAAUUUUAAAAAACCGAACGAUUUGUUACCACAACCAGCACCACGAAAUUUAAAAGAUAAAAUAUCUGAAACUUUGCGUGCCGAAUCUAUAUCAGAAAUAUCGGAUUUAGAUUCUGAUAUAGAUAAAAUCUUAAAGUUAUAA